CUGAUGCAUGCUAAAAAAAAAAAACACACACACACCCACAAUAACUAAACUGUAAAGGUCUCUCUAAAGGUCCUUUGUGUGUUUCUUUCCUCUGGUGGACAAAACUUUAACGACUGUAGUUAUUGAAUAGGGUAAAAUAUGAAGAGCUCUUUGAAAAUCUGUCGGUAAUUUAGGCUCAAAGGUUUAGCUAAGUAGCUAAUGUGCAGUCACGUGGUUCUGCCCGGUUUACGUGCGGUGAACUUUCUACUUUGAAAUAUGAGUAAAAACAGCAGUAAUGUUGAUGAACCUGAGUGGACCAGAGAAGACCUGCAGGCGCUUUGUGCUGCACUGAAAACCAGCAUCCCAGAAAACGAAAAGUGUAGCAUAUACACCAAAGGACUGAAAGCUGUGGACUGGAAUAAGGUGGCUUUCGCCCCUUUCUCUCCCGAGGCAUGCCUAGGAAAGUGGACAGAGAUUUUGUCGAGGAUGCGCAAGAUGCGGACCCUUGCAGAGAUUGUGGAUGAAGCUGAAGACGCCCUUUCUAACCCUGUCAAGAAGAAAAGCAUCUCAAAGAUCUACCCAGAUCUCCCGAAGAGACCAAGCCCUCCAAAUGCUGUCUUUUAUGAAGAGAACCGUGCCAAGUAUCAGGAGAAGCACCCACAGAUGAGAAGCCAGAAGGUAUUGAGGGCCCUAAACAAGAAGUUCAAAAAUCUCUCACGUGAAGAGAAGGCUCUGUAUACGGAGAAAUACAAGCUUGCAGCUGAAGAAUACUGGACAAAGAUGCAGGAGUUCAGGGAAAAAAAUCAGUUACCUCCCAUGCCAAAAAGAAGCUGCAAGAGGAAGAGGGUCUUAGAAGACAACACAGAUGAUGAAGAGCACAUUGAAGGUGAACAUGGUAUUCCUCCCAAGCCUCCUGUAAAUGGCUACAAUCUGUUUUGCAAAGAGCAAGCGGCAUCUAUUGAGGGGGACACUGGAAAAAACAACGUGACUGUGUGGGCUCAGCGAUGGCGAGAUUUGACUGAGAAGCAGAGGGGCGAUUACAGAGAACGCUGCAGUGAGUUGAGGAGGGAGUUCUCAGUCAAGCUGGAGGACUAUCUAAAGGGAUUUGACACGGAAAAGCAGGAGCAGAUCCUUGAAAAGCACGGCAUCAAAAGACCCAAGGUUUCUGAGGUUAAAACAGUAAAGAGGAGUGUGAAGACAUUUCAAGGCGAGCCCAAGAUGCCCUCUCGAUCUGGUAAUGCCAUUUUCACCAAAAAGCAAAUGGAACUUCUUAAGGAGAAAUCAUCAUCAAGUUCAAAGGAGCUCUUCAGCACAGUCAGCCAAAUGUGGAAGGACCUCCCGACAAAGGAGAAGGAUCGCUACAAAGUGAAGGUGGAUGACAAUAUGAGACUAUAUGCAAAGGAGCUGCAGAAGUGGUUCAAGAAAUUGACGCCAGCGGAGCAGCAAGACUACCUGUUGGUUAACCCCAGUAAAGGUAAAUACCUUAAUGUCGUCAAAAAAGUUCCUUACCGUAAAGAUCCCUCCCACAGACCAUCAGAUUCAGAAGACGAAAACAUUGAAAGCAGCAGCAGCAGUGAUGAAGAAGUGAUCGUUCUGGAGGGUGAGGAGCUGAAGGGAGGAGAUGACAACAUGUUUGAUUUAUAUUUAUGUUAAAAAGGACCGACAGCAUGGGUGACAUUCACACAUCGACCUCAGAUUGGGAUUUUCCGCAUGUAAGACAUUAGACGAUGGCUGAAUCAAAUGCUACAUUUAAUGACAGCAGUGAGGAUGCCACCAUCAGUCCUCCCAUGCAAAGUACAAAUUGGAAUUUCCCAGAGCCUCAAGGACAACAUGAGCUUUAGGUUUCCCAAUUUGUGGGUGUUCGUUUGGCAAUAUCAACUGAUGUGACUGUAGACCUUUAAUCCCUGGAGCACCUGGUUUUAAAUAUCUACGGCCUUAUUUUGUUAUCACAGGAUUUUCAUUCUUCACUUUCUAUAAAAAAUCUUUCUCAAAAUGUCCAGAACUGUUUUUACUUUGAAAAAAAGCUGUGCGUUUGUGGUUCUAUUAUAAGAAACUCAUUGGGAGAGAUUUGUUUUAAAGGAUUGUUGUGAUUAUAGGAUUCCUCUGCUAAUAUCUAAAUUCAGGGCCUUCAUUAUUUCAUAAUCAGAAUCAUUUUUUACUGCAGAGUUCAUCUACACAUACAAGGAAUUUGACUUGGUGUUUUCCAACCUACAUGUCCUUAAAUGGUCUUAAUCCCCUUUUUUUACGUGCAAUUUUAUCAAAGCAAUCCUGAAUAUAUUUAAUAAAUGUAUUAAUUAAGA